AUGUGGACUGUGGGGAAAGCCCCGCCACCCAGGGGGCCUCAACACUUCGCUGUUUUUUAUCCUUUCCUCUUUCCAAUCCCACGAACGGAAGUACUCUAUUGGGCAGUCAAUGCGGGCCAUGAAAAGUUUUUGAGAGCUUUCAUCUACAUAAUUGAAGUUGGUUUUCUUGGAUACUUAGCAUAUCUCAGCUGGGAACAUAGAAGGAAUGGCCAAAUUUUGAGCCCCUUCGAUUCUCCUAGAUUCACCAGAUUCACCAUAGUUUCCGAGGAAAAUGUCUCAUCGACGAGUAAAGUUCUGACGAUACGACCCAAGACAAGUUUAAAAUCAGAUCCUUAUGCGGUAUAUUGGGAGAAUGGUCUCUGGUCGGUGGAAUUUAAGCAGCCAUUGUUACAAAUCGCACGAUCGUAUACGCCAUUACCGCCUGACGAAAACGUCGCGAUGGGAGACCUUCGUUUCUUGAUACGAAAAGAACCAAAUGGAGAAAUGUCGAAUUAUUUGUUUGGACUGCAGGUCAAUUCCGAGAUUGAGCUUCGAGGCCCUCAUGUCGAAUUUGACUUGCCACAAAAUGUGGAAGAAGUUGUUUUCCUGGCAGGUGGAACGGGAAUUGCUCCUGCUUUGCAAGUUGUUCACACCUUGCUGGAAGCCCGAAAAUCGGAUGGCAAACGACCACAGAUGCGUAUUAUAUGGGCAAAUAGGAAACGGGAAGAUUGUAUGGGGGGCGAAAAACAUACACAUGAUUCGGGGCUGGAUACAGUCACAGCAGAAUGCCUUGGGUCCAUCGUGCAGCGGUUGCAAAUGCUCCAGCAAAAAUACCCGGAAAGCCUCCAAGUAGAUUAUGUUGUGGAUGAGGAGGGAAGAUUUAUUGAUCAAAGGAUGAUAUUACAAGCCACACACUCCACUUCAGAAGUAAAGUCUGGACCGGUCACAACCAAAAGCGAUGCGAAGUUAUUUUUCGUAUCAGGACCCGAAGGUUUCACAAAUCACUUUGCCGGACCAAAAAAGUGGUGGAAUGGCAGACAAGAUCAGGGAGACCUUGGCGGAGUCCUUGGUCGUAUGGGUCUCAAGGGUUGGAAGGUCUUCAAGCUCUGA